AUGGGGCAGGGGAAUUGGGAUCAAUUCCCUGAAACAUCUGUGGCAGAGGCUGCUGCUGCCGCGGGGGCUGAGGAAGGCGCGGGAAAGGAGGCUCACGAGCCGAUGGCAAGGGUUGACGCUGCCACUGCGGUUGGGACCGGGGCUGCUGGCGACGCUGUGGCUGGUGCAAUGUCUGUGGGAGCAGCGGCUGCGGGGGCGACGGAGACCGUGCUGGCCGCAACGGCGGUUGCAGAGGCUGGCGAGGAGGUGUGGGCGGGGCUGUCAAUGUUGUCGUUGCCACUGGCGGCAGAGGAGAUGGCACCGCCACGGUCGCCGAGGGUAUCAACGGAGGCGGCAGCGGCUGCGGAAGAUGCGAAGGCGGGUGCAACGGCUGCUGCUGCGUGCGCCAGAACUCCUGUUGCUGCAGCGGCCGCAAGCACGCAGGAGCACGGCCGAGCGGAGGGUGAUAGUUCAGAACCCGUGAACGGCGUUGCCUCCGACGCUGCCCGGGCGACGUCGAAGAGGGAGCUGCGGGCCCAGCCAGCGCCGAGACGACCUGGAGUAGUGCUGGGACCUGGCUCCCCAGAACCCCUCCUAGGCUGGCUUCUGCAAGGGCAACCGCCAUCAGAGCGAGUGCAUCGGUCGUCAUCGGUGAGCCACUGA